GUGCCUGAUGAAGAAGAACCUGAAGAAAUACCUUGAGGUAAUCCCCGGUCACACAAGAGCACAUGAGGUGCAGUUGUAUGCAAUUAAAGGAACGAUCACCAUCUUGAAGAGAGCUCUCGGAUGCAGUGCCAGCUGUGGUUGGGUGCAACUACAGACCCCAGUUCUGGGGCUCGUUACAUUCUAUUGAAAAGAAAUCCAAGAGGAAAAAAAAAGGUGGGUUUCAGUGUGGCAGAAGAUUUGGACUAAAAGGUGGUGUGAAGUGUUAAAUGUAUUGCAUUUACAGAGCGCUUUUUGGUCUGCAAUAGACGCUCAAAGUGCUUUACAAUUAUGCCUCACAUUCACACAAACACUGAUGUCAGGGUGCUGCAAUGCAAGGCGCUCACUACACACCAGGAGCAACUAGGGAUUAAGGACCUUGCCCAUGGGCCCUUUGUGAUUUUCCGGUCAGGCUGGGAUUUGAACCAAGGAUCCUCUGGUCUCAAGUCCAACGCUUAACCACGAGACCAUCACCUCCUGUGUUUGGAUGUUCAUGGUGUUUAACCUGUCAGCAAGGUGUUGCUGUCUUCGAGGUGUGAGAUGGCAUCUGUGUCAGGAGUCCUGCUGCAUGCUGGGAUACUUUGAUUCUGUGUGAAGAAAUUUCAAAUUUUGGGGAAAAUAUGGAUUUGUUUUUUGUUUUUGUUUUUUUGUUUUUUUUUUGGUUAAAAACUUCUUCACUUGUUGAUGGAUUUUGAUUAUCAUGUUUUUGUUUCCUUCAUCAAAGAAUGGUUCUUCAUGGUUCUUCCUCACAAAAUAUUAAAGUUUUGAACUGUUUUAAAAAAUGUAGAUAUUAUUAUUAUUAUUAUUAUUAUUAUGCAAAAUUUAGAAUUUUUUUUUGUCAUUAAAUUCUGUUGGAAAACAAUAAAAUUCACCUAAAUGCUUUUUGGAUCCAGUUUGUGAUAAAUUUUAAUUCUGAUGGUUUUGUUUGUUUCAUUACAGUUCUGCUCUUCACUGCAAAAUUUUGAAUUUGCUAUUUUAUAUAUUUAGCUGCUGAAAAUGACGGGUUGUUGUGUGAAUGGAUGCACAAAAAGAUAUAACAAGGGCUUCAAGAUGUGCAGAUUCCCUUCACAUCCGAACAGAAGAAAAAUUUGGGAAAAUAAAGUCAGCCGUAUGGGAUGGAAGCAACUUCAUCAUCAAAGUUUCUCGAGGUCUCCCAGUCUGAAGGCAGCCAAAGCCACUGCCAAGAAGCCGAGGGCCCCAGACAAGACUUCAUGCUGUCUGAAGAAGAAGAAAAAGUCAUGUUUUAGUGGCUUGAGGGAACAGAAGAGGUUUGGAACACAGAAGAACAAGAAGGCUGGUUAUCAAAAACAUGUCAAACAGGGACUUUACGAGGCCCAGGCCAAAGUUAUGAACAAGAGUGCUAAACAUCUGAUUGGGUGGUUUAAGAGUGUCUGUGACACCAACACUAAACUCAUCAAGAAGGACAAAGGGAAGUCGGGGGACGGACAUGAUGACGACAACAACUGGUCAGACAGGCAACGCUUCAUAAUGGCGUCCAUGAAAUUCAUAGGUAGGGUAGUUCAUCAUCGGCCGAAACCAGUCAGAAGUGUGGAGACUAUUAUCCUUGAGCAUUCAGGCAACUUGGAUGCUGCUGAAACUGCUGCUGCACAGGAGGCCGCGGACGUAGACUGAAGGCGAAUCGAGGGCUUCCACUUCAGCUGGUCCAAGAAGGGCAGAUGGACCGAAUGUUACUGCUAAUGCAGGAACGAGUGGAGGAGAGUCAGGCCCUCAUGGAAGAACUGAGAGUGUAAAGAGCAGCACCCCAGCACAGCUCGGAACGCCUUCACAGCCUACGUCCAGGACUCCUUAACACAGUUCGUCGCUACAUCUACAAGUGCAAGUUAAAACUCUACCCUGCAAAGCAAAAGUCAUACAUCAAACAUCCAGAAACGCCGCCGCCUUCUCUGGACCCGAGCUCAUUUGAA